AUGGCGUUUGUUCACAAUGGAUAUCAAUACCACUGCAACCACACUGAUAAAGAUGAACGCGGUAUUCCUUUUAGAAGGUAUCCGACUGCAGCUACUGAAGUAACUCUGAAAUCAAUUGAAAGAAGUAUGUAUAAUUGGAAAGGAUCAGAACCAAUAAUGCCAAAACUUACAGAAGGAAUUGUACAGUUUCAUAAUAUGCUGGAAAAAAAGGAAUGGAAUGAACGCUUAAAGUAUCCUGGCGGUGAACUGACAACAAAAUUGAUUGCUAGCGGCAGUGAAUAUUCGUUGCUAAUGUGGAACGAAAAAUUUGCCGAAAAAUUUAUUGAUUGCGAACAAAUAUUCAUAGAUGCUACUUAUUCUAGAUUCCCACUAAUAGCUCCAAAGAAAAAUCUGCGAACUCAUAGCUUGUUCACAAUUCAUGCUUUAUACGAAAAUAAUGCAUUUCCGAUUGCUUGGGUGUUUAUGUAUGGGCGAACGGAAGCAGUUUAUCGUUCUAUUUUCAAAGAAGUAUUUAAAAAAUUUGAAAAUUAUGAUAAAAUAGUAAUGUGUGAUUUCGAACAAGCCAUGAGGAACGCUGUCAAGGAUGUACUACCAAAAGCGGUUAUUAAAGGAUGCUAUUUUCACCAUGUGCAGGUGAUCCAAAAAACUGCUAAGGACUCAGGUUUGUGGAAACAAAUUAAAGAUGAUUCGGUAGCACGAGAUCACUUAAGAUUAUUGAUAGCAGUGGCGACCUUACCUGCAAAUAAGAUGAGGGAAGGAUUCGAGUUAGUGGAGUGUUCAUUACCACAAAAGUAUGCCGAAAAAUUUGAAAUAAUAUUACAUUAUUAUGACAAAAACUGGCUGAUUAAGCGAGAUCCGGAAGAAGUUUCAGUGUGGAAGUUACGACAAAAUACUAACAACUACUGUGAAUCAUACCAUGCAUGGUUAGCUUCUCACUUGCAGAGACGACCUAAGCCAUGGAAAUUGAUAGUUUUGUUGCUAGAAAAAAUGGCGGAAUCAGAAAGAAAGCUAAAAUCCAUUGAAGCCGGAAUUGACCCUAGUCGGAGAAAUAAGAAAAACUUAUUUUCCAAAAGUCUCAUGAGUGAAGCUGCCGAAAAAUUUGAGCAGGGAGCCAUUUCAAUGAAAUUCUACCUGAAACAAAUGAGUACGGAAUUGCAAAAACGAAAAAAUAAUUUUGAGGUACCUAGUGAUGAUGAAUCAUCUACAGAGAGCGAGAGUAGUGACCAGGAAAAUGAAGAUAAAAAUCUGACGAUAAAGAGAAAAUCUUCUGAAAAAAUUAAAAGCGGUAUCCCAAAGACAAUAAAAAUACUUUCGGAUGAAGUCAUCGCUAAAACCGUAAAGCCUAAUGCAGAAGAUGGAUUACAAAUUUUUUCUAUGUCAACAAAAAUUGACAUAGAAAAAAUAGAACAAAUGUUAAGACAAACAUUUUGUUACCAGGAAACUUAACUUUUACUGGC